ACAGUCAUCAUAUAUCGAGAAUUUAUCUACAAACAAAAAAAUAUUGAGAGAAAUUGGGACAAAAUUGCAUUUCAUUUGUGGCGUUCAACAAUAGAAUGGGUAAUUCGUUAGGCUUCCUAAGCGACGACGACGAAUUAUGGGAGUUUCCUGAAGAUGGCUUGGGCUACAAUGUUAUCAAUUUUACGGUUAAUGCCAUGGAUGUGCAAUUUCGUCCCCGCGAUUAUCAACCAAACAAUUUGCCAGUGAUACGUGAAAAACCCAAAUUGGACAAAUUUCAAAGCACAGACAUGUACAAACAGAUAAAGGCACGCAGCAGUUUGGUCAAUAAUAAACCAAACGAACAGCGUUGGAAUUUAAUGCAAGCAUUGCAACAGCGUGAAAAUGGAAUUGCCUCUCCGGGCAGCGAUUCAUUUUCUCCCAAUCAACAGAGAUAUUUCUCCAAUCUAUAUAUACCCAAUCAGAAGGCAAUGCGUCUCAUGUCAUUGGACGCCAAAGUCUUUGUUACCAAGUUCAACAAGAGUGGCAGCAAACUGUUAACAGCUUGUCAAGAUGGUUUUGUACGCAUUUAUGAUGGCUCCAAGGGAACUUAUCAUCUACUCAAUCGCAUCAAUGCCCGCGACGUACAGUGGAGCAUCACUGACGCGGACUUUAGUCCCAAUGGGCAGCACUUUGCAUACUCCACCUGGUCGCGAUCAUUCUAUAUAAUGCCAGUUAAUGGAUCGGACGAUGACUGCCAGUGGAUCGAUGUAAAUGAGACUUCGAGCAGUCGUGUCGCAAUCUUCUCACUGCGCUUUUCCCCUACGGGCGAUAAGAUCAUCGGUGGCAGCAACAAUGCCACCGUUAUUGUGGGCGAUGUUGCCACACGUGCCACACAGAUUCUGCGCACACAUCGCACUCCGGCUACGGACGUGAAUGCCGUGUGUUAUGUGCACGAUAAGGAUCCCAAUGUUAUCAUUGCUGGAUGUGAUGAUGGCCUUUUAAAGGUCUACGAUUUGCGUACUUCUUUUCGCACUCGCUAUCUGUCCAAAUCUGUGAUUUCAUUUAUUGGACACUACGAUGGUAUUACGUACAUUGAUCCACGCAACGAUGGCUACCACGUGCUAACCAAUUCCAAGGACCAAAGCAUCAAAAUCUGGGACAUGCGUCAGCCCAGCAAUCUCCGGAAUCGCGGCAGUUCUCGCCAACACCAGCAAUCGAUGACCAAGUGGGAUUAUCGCUGGGAUCGUGUGCCACGCGAAUUUUACAAUCCUCACAAGGCGCUUGAUGGUGAUAGUAGCAUCAUGACCUAUCGGGGUCAUCGGGUCAGCAAAACUCUGCUUCGUGCCAAGUUCUCGCCCCUGGAGCAGACUGGACAGCGUUUUAUUUACACUGGCUGUGCAACUGGACGUAUUAUAAUUUACGACGUGCUCACUGGACGAAUUCGUGAGGCUAUUGAGGGACAUCGAAAUGUCAUACGUGAUUUGGAUUGGCAUCCAGUGCGCUCAGAGAUUGUGUCCAGUUCGUGGGACUCGCAUGUGCAUCUGAACAAUUACAACAGGAACAUGGCUCCACAGUCGCUGAAACGUCGACGUAGCUCAACGCAGGAUAAUAAACCGUUGCGUCGGUCACGUCGUCUGGCCAAACGCAACGAAACGCCUUCCCUCUAAACGGAAGUGCAGGGUACAAAUCAAGCAGGCAUGACUAUGGAUAUAACAUGCUGUUUAGAAUAUAUAUUGCACUUAACACAUAAGUUUACGUUAAUUAAUUUUGUCCAGAUCUUAAGGCUAUGCAGAGGAAUCGUAUACAUAUUAUAUACAUGUAUAAAUAUAUAUAUUAUUAUAUAUUAUAAGUGAUAUGCUAACCACCAACGCUGUAAACCAAAACAAGUCCCUCUUGGUUCUAUGAACAAGACUGAAGACAUGGCACAGAUUCGAGCUGUUGAUUCAGCUCUCAAAAAUCAAAAGCUUCAAUUCCCUGACAUAGCAUACAACCUCCCUAAACAAACGAAUAUAUAUGACUCAUCACAAUCAUUCAAGUUUCAUCUUCAAGUACCAUCUUAUAUUGUCUGGCAGGUUUAUUGAAUUAUCAUAUUUUAUUGUUAUACAUUAAAAUGUAAACUAUGUACAAAAAGAAAAA